GAGAGACAAGGGAGGGAGGGGUGAGUGUUGAGAGUGUAUGGAGGGUAUCUUAACAGUCUGAUGCCUCUGGGACGCAGACUGAAGUGUAUGUAUUGGGGGGUUAAUCAAGUAUGUGAUUGUGUUUGGCUGCAUCUGUUCAUUUUUGGGUUUCGUGUGACCCUUGUAUAACUCUUUGGGGUUGUACUAACUGUGGGCACUCAUUCCUCUGAAGCAUUUUCACUCUCUGGACUCUCUGAAGCAUCAUAUCAGGAGGCCCCCCGAGCCCAGAGGUGGGUAGCGGUCUGCCCAGACGCACCCCGUGGAUGUUUACAGCCACGGGAUCUCACAGUCGCUAAAGCAAAAGAGGGAUAAAAAAGGAAAUGAAUAACUCGACAACAGGCCCAAGUGAGGGCUUGCGGCUCCACUGCAACAUGUCUGGCAGACACGACUUCAUCUUCACCUUCAUCCCUGUCGUCUACGCUUGCAAUUUCGUCAUUGGAAUGGUGGGCAACAGCAUGGUGGUGGCCGUCAUCUACCGCUACAUGAAGCUAAAGACCGUAGCUAAUGUAUUUGUGCUCAAUCUAGCUGUGUCAGACUUGACCUUCCUUGUCACGCUGCCCAUGUGGGCCACCUUCACCGCUACUGGCUACCACUGGCCCUUCGGAAGCUUCCUGUGCAAAGCUAGCGCCGGCCUGGUCAUUUUCAACCUUUACACUAGUAUAUUCUUCCUCACAGCUCUCAGCAUGGACCGCUACCUGGCUAUCGUGCACCCUGUGCGCUCUAGGAGACGACGGACGCUGCUCUAUGCCCGAAUCACUUGCGUCUUGGUCUGGACCUUUGCUUUCUUACUUAGCAUGCCCACUGCACUGAGCCGAGACGUCUACAGGAUCGAGAACCACGUGUCCAUAAUAUGCGGUGUCCUGCACAGCAAUGAAAGGCUCCACUUGCUGGUGUCCCUCAGCGUCCUGAAGAGUGUGUUGGGCUUCCUUGUGCCCUUCCUCAUCAUCAUCACCUGCUACUGCUUGAUGGGCCGCGCCUUGCUUGGUGCCAAGGGCCCACUGAAGAAAAGCUCCCGCUCACGAGAGGACGAGACGCUACGCAUUCUAGCUGCUGCUGUUCUAGCCUUCUUCAUCUGCUGGGCCCCUCACCAGAUCUUCCACUUCAUGGAGCUGCUGGCCAUGCUGGGAGUGGUGGAGAACUGCAAUGUGCUGGACGUUAUUGACACCGCCAUGCCCUUCAGCAUCUGCCUUGCCUACUUCAAUAGUUGCGUCAACCCCAUCCUAUAUGGAUUUGUGGGACACAACUUUCGCAAGAACCUUUUGAGAUUACUGCGCUGUGGGUCAGCUCCAGUUGGGGGUCAUCCCAGUUUCAGUAGUAAAAUGACUACUCUAUCUCACAGAGCUUCUGGGUUACUGCAUCUGCCCAGUAGCAAGAAGGUUUCAGAGCAUAAUGCUAAGACAUUGGAAGAGCCAAAAACCUAGCAUGAUUAAACCACUGUAAAGUGUAACUCCUUUUUUUUUCACUUGCAUUUGGGAAGGAUACAACAAAGAGUAUCACAGAUUUUAGUUCAAUGUGGCAAGGAACAGGAACAGGUUUCAUUUCAAAUGGGAGUUGAUGAUCAGCUCCACCUACUGGUGUCCCUCAGCCUUCUGAAGAGCAUGCAGGGCUUCCUUGCACAAUAGUCGUCACGUGCUACCACCUGAUGUGAUGCACAUUUGUGCCAGGGAGUUGUUGACCACUAUGCUAGCAUUCUUCCUCGCCAGGUGGAGCUGCAGGCCAUGCUGGGGAUGGUGGAGAACUGUCAUUUGCUGGACAUUAUCAAUACCCUAUUGCUCUUAAACAGCUGCUUACUGUAAAAGUGGCAUAAACCCCAUCAUCUAUAGCAGUGGUCACUAACCCUGCUCCUGCAGAUCUACCAGAUGGAGCCUGAUCCUUCUAACUAUUGCCUUCAGAUGUCCUUUAUUAGCUGAAUGAGGCACGUUGGGUUAGAGGUAAAACCUGCAAGAAGGUAUAUCUCAAGGAGAAAAGUUGCUGACCUCUGCUUUAUGAGACAUAGCUUUUGGAAGAACCUACUGAGGCUACUGCACUGUAUGUCAACUCCAGAUGGGAGUCAUCCCAGUAUUAGCACUGAAUAGAUGACUAUUAAGAUGACUGUUCUACCCUUUAGCACUUCUAAGUUACUGCAUUUGUCCAGUAGCAAGUACGUCUCAGAGCAUAAUGCUAAGACACUGAAAGAACCAAAGGCCUUGUAGAAUUAAAUCUCUACAACUGUAUGUCCAAAAGUAUCCAGACACCAAUUCAAUGUAGUUUAUUCAGAUCUAUUAAAGUGCUCCUAUUGCUGAUGCAGGCAUCCAAUUGUGCCUGUACAGCUGGCAUAAUCUCCAUAGAAAAGCACUGACCAAUAGAAUGGGAUCCUUUGGAGCACACACACUUGAACCUAAGGUCAUACCCAAUGAAAACAUUGGGCUAAAGGGGUAUAAAGCCCCCCAGCAUUGGGCUGUGGAAGAGUGGAACUGCAUUCCCUGGAGUGAUAAAGCACUAUUGCACAUUUGUGAUCCAAAACUAAACAUCAGUACCUGACGUCACUAAUGCUCUUGCAGCUGAGUGCAAUCAGAUCCUCACAGCAAUGUUCCAACAUCUAGUGUAAAGACUUCCCAGAAGAGUAGAGGCUGUUACUGCACCAAAGGAGGACAAAUUCCUUAUUAAUACCCUUGAUUUCAGAAGAAAGGUCGGAUGAGCAGGUGUCUACAAACUUUUGGACACACUGUAGCUUAUUUAGCUCACUAAACAGAAUUUAGUCCAGUUUUGCAAGAAACAGGAGCUCAUUGAUUUCAACUGGGGGCUAGAAACAGCCUGCCACGAAUGCAGCUUGCAACUGCUCAGAAUUGGUUCAGGUUUAAGGAGAACACAUUCUAUUUUGGAUGCAAGGUCAUACAGCUACAGCCAAAUAUCAGUCUCACUGUAUCAGUACGUUAUCAGCAUUAUUACGUAUCAAACUUGUUUGGCUAGCUUGUUUACUAAAGAUGUUUUUAGCAAGCCAGUGUGAAAAGAAAUUGUGUUUGUUAUGUUUCUCCAAAAACCAUCUAUCACAGAAUUGGAAUGGUUUUUCAUCUACAGUUAGGCUACUGGAACAUACAAUCUCAUAAUAAUAUAAUAAUCCCCAUUAUAAUUAGGCUUCUCUGCUAAAUUGUAGAUGAGUGUCAGUGUUGAGGCCUGAGUUCGGUAUCUUCUGGCCUUCACAUGUUACGAAACCAAAGGUCCCUCCAGGUCUUGAGUGGCGUUUUGCUGCAUAAGCAUGAUUACAGAAUGUGUAGAG